AUGCCACCACGCCUCCGCUCCAAGCCUUACGGCCCCAACUCCCCGAACGCUGCUCAGGCCCUGCCUGACCCGGCUCCUCGUCGUCGCCGAGCGACGCGUUCUGCGUCUGCUCAACCGCAGGAAGAACAGCCUGCCCCGCCAGUGCGCGAGCCCAAGGCUCGCAAGACCCGUGGCAAGGCCGCCUCCCGCGGCAAAAAAAAGACGACUCGCCGUACCUCCUCCCCCCCUCCCCCCUCUCCCCCCGAAGACCCCCAGCCGGAAGAGCUGGAGGGUGAUGAGACCACCUCGGGUGUCGUGGCCCAGGCACUCAGUGCAAAGGUGGAGUCCCCCCAAGUCGAACUUGGCGCCAGCCAAGAGCACGACGAACCCCACGGGGUAAAUGUCGACGUGCCCCCCGUCGACCAGAUGCAGGGUGUCCAGGCGCAGGAAUCGCGCAACCUAUCAGAAGGACCCAGCGCUGACGAGUCUGUGGCCGAGCAGAAUCGCCCAGACCUUGACCAGGAACAGCCUGCAAUUCCGUCCGUCGAGAUCCCCGUCACUGUCCUCCCGUCAAUUGAGCCCAGUGACCCUGAGUUGAUGACUCCGGCCGUCGGAGUCCGUGAGUCUCCCGAUUCCUUCUUUUCUCUCCCCGUUCCCCCUGCCUCCUUUUUCCCCGUCCGCUCGUCGUCUGUCGCUUCGGCCGCUUCCUUGCCGAGCGACUCGUCUAGUUCGACGGCCUCCACCCCGGCCACUGAGGACGCUGGCAACCACCGCCAUGGCUGGUUGAUGUCCAAGUUGCGGUCCAUUUACCGCCUGUGCACCAGCAGCAAUGGUGCCCCCGCAGUACCCGCCCCCGCCAUCACUGCUCCCGCAGUUAGAUGGUCCCUGGAAAUCCCCAUGUUGAACCUGGACAUGGGCCAGUCGACAUCCGCCCUGGACGACUUUGAACUGAUUUCUAUCCUUCGCGCAGUGCGGUCCACCGGAACAGCAUCAAGCCGCCGUCACAGCCGCACCGGAGGCUCGCCGUCCUCAUCCUCCGAGCAGUCCCGAGUGCUACGUGCCCAAGGGGCCACGCCAAUCCGCCGGUCUCGCACACCUCACGCCAACAGGUCCAAUUCUCGCCGCAUCGAGAGCCGUGGUAGUCUCGGCCGGACCUUGUAUCGCCUUCCGCAGCUUCUGUCCUUCGGCAGCCAGUCUGAGCUCCAGGAUGACGUUGGAGAAGAGACCAACCGUGUGGACGAGCGUGACUCUUUGAACAUUCCCCCGGAAACUGCAGCUCCCGAGGCAACCCCCCCCUCGACUCCCGAGCGAUGGAGCAGAUGGAUUUUCAACGGUGUCUCGAGACGAUGGACGGUUCUGAGAGGCCGGUUUGCUCAUGAUGAUGACAAUCGUAAUGAAGCUGCCGAGCCAACCGUUCCCACCGUUCCCGAUUCUCCUGCCGAAGCCGUCUCAGCUGCCAAUGCCACGACUUCGCCAACCGCUCGAGCAGUCGUUACCGACCCAUCCAUUGCUUCCAGCGCAUCACCUGCAAAGACUAACACACCGAGAUCUCCACCAGUGGACAGUGGCGCCCACAGAAAGUCGCCUCUGAAUCGCCCCCCACCUCAUUUCAUCCCCCACUCUCGUAUUCCCCCCGAACCUCGUCCACGGCGUCGUAGUGCGUCGUUUGUGGACUCAAGGGAUCUGCUUGGUGUCGGUGCGCCAAGGUCAGCCAAUGAUCCUUAUGCCUACGAGACCCAACGGGAAUUCGUGAAGCGUCGACAAAUUGCUCGGGCGGAACGCGACAGACAGAUUCGAGAGGCGAAAGCCCGUGAAGAAGCAGAAGCCAGGUAUGCCGCCGCCGCCGCCGCCGCCGAGGAAGCCCGCCGGAAGCAAUCUCUUCUUUCUCCUACCCCCGCAAAGACCCUGACCAGUGUUUCCAGAGCAUCACAAGUUACUUCUAACACUGCAACACGGGGUCCUAUUUUCUUCUUUGAAAGACCCAGUCAGACAACGCCUAUCACCGCUUCAAUCAACCCAGCUUCGCGCGGAAGAGCGUCCGAAGCGGCUGCUGUUCAGACCGCAGCAAAAUCGAAUGCCGAGAAUCAAAAUCCACGCAAGCGGAGUCGCGGGUUUGGGCUUGAUGAGGAUGACCUAGCUGUCCACGAGGAAGAUUUCACUUCCGAGGAAUGGGAAGCCCUAAAGGCACAGGUUGAGAAGGCCGAGGAAGAUGCUGCGAAAGCAGCUCAACGAAGUGCCCCCCUACCAAGAAGCGACCAGAAGAAGCGUACUCAGCAAUCAGCCCGCCGUCAGAGCUCUGGGACACCUCGCCAAACCGAGGCUCCCAACCGCACUCCUGGUUAUGUUCCAAACAAACGAGGAACUCUUGCGCUGCCCGAACUGUCCCCCAUCGAUUCGAGCCGAUUGUUCACCGAUCCCGAAUCACCUUCGAAUUCUCAAACUCCUCAGGCCUCAACCCAGCCUGCCUCACAAAAGCGCUUAAAAUCUCGUCGCGGGACCACUACCUCAAAAUCCCGAGGUUCCUCUAAAAAAGGUAUGAUCAUCAACGGCGUCUUCAUUUCUGAGCGUCAACUCCCAAAUUGCGAUGUGGAAAUCCAAAGGGAAUGGAGAAGAAGAUUCCAGGUGCUUGCAAGGCUCCCUAAGCUUCCUACGACUGCUGCUGAGAGGGACGCAAAGCGUAAUAAGCCUUCUCCUUAUGUGGCUUAUCUCCAGUCCUUCAGAGCGAGGCAAGAGGAGCUGAAGCGCAAAGCAGCCAAAGAGGCAGAGGCAAGGGCAGAAGUAGCGAAGAAAGAAGCAGCAAAACAAAAAGAACGGGAAAUUGCAGAAAUCAACAGGCGCUGGGAAGCUCGACGUCGUGCAUCUGGCUAUCCCCCGUCCCGAACUCCUCGGCGGUCUAACACGUCACGGAUGUUCGAGAACACUUUCCUGAGAGCUUCCUCUCCGGCUGCAUCCCCAGCUUUGCCGACCCCGCGGCGCCGCUUGAUCAAGCGAAAGCGAGAACCCGAAACAUCGGACCCCGAAGCUUUGCCUUCUGUAGCGCGGCCUCUAAAGCGCAGCCGAGGAUUUGAAGCUCCAGAUCCGUUUGCCUCUUCUUCGUCACCUUCUGCCUCUCCUGCUUCGCUUCCUCCGCGAUCCCCUUACGACGCAGCUUCGUAUUUUGCAGGCCUGCAGCCUCAGCGGCAUUCGCCCCAAGAGGGCUCAUUUAUGACCACCAUCGCUAACUCUUCCAAUCCCCAAACAGCCGAGGACGAAAAUCUUGAGACCGGCGACGAAACGAACGAUCUCCAAGACCCCUCUCCUCUCAGCCGCGCACGCAACAUGGCCGAGCAGUUCAAGCCAAAGACCCCAAGUCGUCUGCGGGAAUCUGCUCGAAUCCCAAACAGCAACACCUCGACGCCGUCCGCCCUCGGCUUCUCUUCGCCGUCCUUCCUUGGUGUGUCCAUCAAUAAUACUCCCCUCCGCUCCGAUCCGAUGUCCAUAGAUGGCUCAUCGUUUGUCGUAAAUCCAGAUGCGACUCCAGCUGGGACCCAAGCCUGCACCACCCAGUCUGUCUCUACUGAUACCCACAGGGAAGAUAUUGUUCCCCUACAACCCCAAGCAUCCUCAACUGCAGUCGUUGCCAACACCACCGAAAGCGCCGAGCAUAGUCUCGCCGACGAUGUCGCCUGGCUGAAGGAGACAUUACCGAGUGGAAAAUUCGCCGACCUACAGUUCCCGCCACCCAGAAGCCUCGUUGAAGAGUUGAAUAUUCAUCCAGAGGCUGUGGCAAUUGUGGAACAAAAUUGGGAGGAGAAGGGGCCCGAACUCGUGAAAUAUUUCGGGGACCUCUUCGAGGCCUUCCAAGCCGACCCCGAGAAUUUCCCCGUUGAGGACUAUGUAUGA